AGCAUCCAAUGUGCCAAUGGGAAGGUCGUGGCAUACCCUCACUGCAAUAUCUGACAGCGGUUUGUUUCUAUUUGGAGGACUGAGUAUAGACUGCAAACCAAUGAGCGAUGGCUGGGUAUUUGAUGUUGGGACGAAGAAAUGGAGAGAGUUUGAGCAUCCAUACAUGAACAAACCAAGGUUGUGGCACACAGCAUGCCAAGGGAAAGACUCUGAUGUCAUUGUGUUUGGGGGUAGUUGCAACUACAUCCUUCGAGUAGACACAGGUCACUGCAAUGAUGCACUUGUUUUCCAGACCCAGCCCUACCCACUCUUUCGGAUAUGUGAGGAUUACAUAGCCAAGAAUGUGAAGAACUGCAAGAUGCUUGAAAAACAGCUUCCAUUUGUGCCCCCAAAACUACUGCCAGCUGUACAGAAGAGAAUAUCAUUUUUUCGGACAACAAAGAAAAUAUAGCAUUGUCAGAUAUAAAUAUUAAGGGAAAUGUUCAGUAUUAUAAACUAGGGGGUUUGAGUCCUGAAUGCUCAUUGGCUGACAGCCAUGGUAUAUCAGACUGUAUACCACAUGUAUGACAAAACAUUUAUUUUUACUAAUUACGUUGGUAACCAGUUUAUAAUAGCAAUAAAGCACCUCUGAGGUUGGUGGUGUAUGGCCAAUAUACCACAGCUAAAGGCUUAUUCAGGCACUCCUCGUUGUAUCGUGCUAAGAACAGCCCUUAGCCAUGGUAUAUUGGCCAUAUACCACCAACCGCCGAGGUGCCGUAUUGCUUAAGUAGACUACAGUAAACUGAUAAUGCAGAGUUCAGACUAUGUUCCUCAUAUUACUGUUGAGAAGGCCUUCAUUGUAUGUGGGGCGAUUUGUCUUACAAAACAUUAUUGAUUUAUUGUCAAAUGUCUUAGUGUAUUUUACAAGGCAUUCAGAAAUGAUUCAGACCCCUUAACUUUUUCCACAUGUUAUGUUACAGCCAUCAUUACUUUAACACAUGGUCAGUCAAUCUGGAAAAUUUCAAGAACUUAAAAGUUCCUUCAAGUACAGUUUCAAAAACGAUCAAGCACUAUGAUGAAACUGGCUCUCAUGAGGACCCCCACAGGAACGGAAGACCCAGAGUUACCUCUGCUGCAGAGGAUGAGUUAGUUACCGCCUCAGAAAUAGGAGCCCAAAUAAAUGCUUCAGAGUUCAAGUAACAGACACAUCUCAACAUCACCUGUUCAGAGGAGACUGCGUGAAAUCCGGCCUUCAUGGUCGAUUUGCUGCAAAGAAACCACUACUAAAGGACACCAAUAAGAAGAAGAGACGUACUUGGGCCAAGAAACACGAGCGGUGGAAAUCUGUCCUUUGAGUCCAAAUGUGGAGAUUUUUGGCUCCAACUGCUAUCUCUUUGUGAGAAACAGAGUAGGUGAACGGAUGAUCUCCGCAUGUGUGGUUCCCACCAUGAAGCAUGGAGGAGGUGUGAUGGCGCUUUGCU